AUGGGAAACCUUUACAGUAUAAAGCGCGUGCAGCACAAGCGCUGUACCAGCCCACGAGCCCCUGCUCCUUGUCUUCGUUCAGUUGCCGCUGUUUCAUGUCUCAGGCAACAUCUGGAAAACCAUUCAACCAUGAAAGAACUUAAUGAUUUUUCUAUGAUUGAGAUUUCAUCUCAAACCCAUCUGCCUAUGUGCUCUUCAUCCGACAAUUUCAUCUACAUCGGGCAAAAGCAAAAGUUCGAGCCGUUGCUUUCAAUCCCAAAAGACACUUCUCCGCCGCCGUUCAUGACCUCUCCAGCGACUUCAAACAACUCGGUUUCGGUUGCAAGGAAAACCAGCGCGCCGCCAGGAUUUGCACAGUAUGAGCCAGAUACUGCUCCACCUUCUCGUUCCACAUCGCCACUCUUCAAAAAUGCCCCAAAAACGUCAGUCGCGGGACCAAGUCAUGUUCUCAUGCAACUUCCUGGCUGCGAACUGGAGGACGAUGAAGAGCUUGGACCACUUUGGGAGGUUACUGAUAGCAACGGAGAAACUUUCAACUUUGAUCUUCCAGGCUUAGAGAGUGUACCAACCGAAGAUCUCGUCAAGCAGAACAGGAAAUCGAGCAAGAACUAA